AUGAGGCUUCUACGGUCCACGUCUUUGGGCGUAAAGGCUCUUGGAAACAGCUUCAACCAAAUAUCCAGACUAUCUACACUCGUUCCAACAAUAAAAGAGGUUUUGAACAAACCACCUCCAACUGAAUCAGUCAUCACAGUGAAUGGCCAUAUCAAAUCGUUAAGAACAUCUAAGAAUGUUGGUUUCAUAGACAUUUCAGACGGCCUGAGCUCUGAAACGCUCAACAUAGUGUUUCCGACCCCUGAACAGGUUCUUGAACUGGCCCAUUAUAAGGUAGGCCAAAGCUUGUCUGUGACUGGAAAAUGGAUCGAAUCAAAGGGAAAGCAGAACUUUGAAGUACAAUAUGAUAUUCAAGAUCCAGAGCAUCUGAUGAAACUCAUUGGCAAUGUCCCUGAUACCUUUCCGAUUCAAAAGAAAACACAUUCAUUACAAUUCUUGAGAAGUCUACCGACCUUGCGCCAUAGAACAGCUUCAUUGGCUUCAAUCUUACGUUUCCGUUCUUUACUCGAAGCAAAGUUAGUGGAGUUUUUCAGCAAAAAUGAUUUUAUCAAAGUGACACCACCUUUAAUUACAUCCUCAGAUUGUGAAGGUGCUGGUGAACAAUUCAAGGUAGAGCUGUUACGUAAAACUGAUGGCGAUCAAGGAUUCUUUGGAAAGCCUGCUUACUUGACAGUGUCGACCCAAUUGCAUCUUGAAAUUCUUUCAUCUUCGCUCAACCGAGUGUGGACCCUUACCCCAUGCUUUCGAGCAGAGGAUUCAAACACGAAUAGACAUCUUAGCGAGUUUUGGAUGUUGGAGGCGGAAUUGUGUUACGUCGAUAAUGUUCACCAAGUGACAGAAUUAGUCGAAAGCAUGAUUCGUAGUGUUGUGGAGGCAAUCAAAGAAGAAAAGACUGGUCUUGCUGACCUUAUAAAUGCAAGGUUCAGCAAAGACGAAGCUGCCCGCAUCAACGAGCGCUGGAAUUCUGUUCUUUCAAAUGAAAAAUGGCCAAGCAUCACCUAUAGCGAGGCUAUAGAUAUUAUCAACCAGGUGAAAUGUAAAGGCAGGCUGAAGGGCCGUUUGAGUUGGGGCGAUUCCAUUCUGACAGAACAUGAAAAAUGGCUCGCAGGCACUCAUUUCCAAUCGCCAGUUUUCAUCACGGAUUACCCAGCUGAACAAAAACCAUUCUACAUGCCUAGAUCAGACGAAAAGAUCUAUAAUCCAGAGAAACCUACAGUGGCAUGCUUUGACCUCAUAAUGCCAGACAUUGGAGAGCUAGUAGGAGGCUCUAUGAGAGAACUGAACCACGAUAACCUUCUUGCCGAAAUGCAAAAAAGAGGUAUGAAUGUUGCUGAAAUGGACUGGUACCUCUCCAACACAUUAAAUGGAUCCGUACCCCACGGUGGCUUUGGUAUGGGAUUCGAAAGACUUAUUGCAUACCUUAGCACCAUGGAAAACAUUAAAGAUGUCACAGCCUUCCCCAGAGCACCCGAAUUAUGUGCCUGUUAA